AUGACGUCAAAUUCAAGAUGGAUGGAAUCACGAUCAGCUCGCAGAAAUUUACACAACACUGAAUAAAGUCCUGGCUGCGUGAACGGAAGACCGUUUUCACGACGGAACGGCCAUGGAGAGCCUAGUGCAUUACAGUAACCCCUCACAUGCACUCUCAGUGUUGGGGGUUCUCAAUGAACAGCGGCUGAGGGGUCAAAUGUGUGAUGUAGUCCUGGCUGUGGCGGAUCAGAGGUACCAGGCCCAUAAGAGUGUUCUUGCUGCCAGCAGUGAAUAUUUCCAGUCUCUUUUCACACGGAUGGACUCGGAGUCACUGAAAGUUGUGAAUCUGGACUUCUGCGAGCCUGACGCCUUCGAGAUAGUUUUGAAUUACAUUUACUCCUCCUCACUCUUUGUGGACAAAGGCAGCCUGGCAGCCAUUCAAGAGCUGGGGUACAGCCUUGGAAUCCCUUUUCUCACUAACAUUGUGUCAACAAGGCCACAUGCUUCCUACUGUGUGUCCAGAAAAAGGCUUUCAUUCUCAGAGGGAGAUGAGAAUGAUUUCCACACAAGAAGCGUCAUUGUGUGUCGGGUUCAGAGUAACACAGCCGCAGCCUCUCACUCAUAUUAUCAGGGAAAAACAUCAGAGAGAUCAUCAUCAUCUCCUCACUCUUCUCUAGGAGCUGGUCAGCUUCCAUCAGAACACAAUUCUCAUGAUUCGGCUAAAAAGUCGGAAAAAAGCAGGAAAUCAUCUGAACAGGGGGAAGAUUCAGAGAAGAAGCCCAAUUAUCCUUGUAGCACCAUAUUAAAAGGGAACUCUUCACGCAUCACAUCCAUCAGACCCCAGCUGACAUCAUCGGUGUCUUUUAGUGAUGCUGAGGUCCAUCACAUCAGGGUGCCGGCUGCCUCUGACCAGGACCUAAAGGAAGAGAAUGAUGAGCUCGGACACCGCUUUCAGGGUCCGGCCAGUGACCUCAGCCAGACCAUCGACAGGAGCGGGCCCCUGAUAAAAAGCCUUCUCCGAAGAUCAUUAUCCAUGGACAGCCCUGUUCCGGUCUUCUCGCCCACGCUGGAGCUCAAAGAGCUGCAAUGUCGAGAACAGUCAGUUGUUAGAAUGGCUUCAAAAGCACCUGGAUUAGAAACAUCUGCCCAUAAUGGGAAUUCAACGAGAGCAUCCCCUUUGAUUCUCAGGUCAAAUUUCCCCAGCAGGUAUGAUAAAGAAACUCAGGUAGAAGAAGAUGUCGAUGUAAAAGCGGAGCCUAGCAGUCCACUCGCUGACCCCAUGGACAUUAUCCGGAUCACGGUUGGAGAUGCUUUGCCAGUCAACCUCAAAGACUUGCAAACAAAUUACGACCAUGGCUCCAGGGCGGACUUCAGUCUUUCAGGGAAAAGAAGGGACAGGCCGGACAACAGAAGGUACCCAUUCAAGAAGAGUAAAUUCUUCAAAGAGCACCCUCUUUCUCUUGAUGCUAACAUGACCAAAACAGUUCCUCUGCACGCCAGCAGUGGCCCCAAUGAGAGUAGUGGGGAGCAGCCUCCGAACAGGAUUUUCAAAUGCUGGAAUUGUUUGAAAGUUUUCCGCUCCAGCGCCGGACUGCACCGCCAUGUAAAUAUGUACCACAACCCGGAAAAGCCGUAUGCUUGUGACAUCUGCCACAAGCGCUUCCAUACCAACUUCAAAGUGUGGACACACUGCCAGACUCAGCACGGGGUCGUACAAAACCCAGCAUCUUCCUCCAGCUCCUCCCUGCUGGACGAGAAAUUUCAAAAGAAGCUGAUAGAUAUCGUGAGGGAGAGAGAAAUAAAGAAGGCUUUGCUUUGGAAGCUGAAGAGGAACAAGCAGGUUUUGCAGCCUCCUUCACUCGUCAAAAAGAGAUCUAGGAACGGCUUCAUAUGCCCUUACUGUGGGAAAGUGUUUGUGUUCCAGUCUCAGUACAGGCAGCAUUUAAGGACACAUCCUGCUGAGAGGUCUGAGCAGGACACAGGGAGCGAGGGCAUCCUCUACCAGGAACAGGAUGAGAUCACUCAGCAGAAAAACACAGACAGUGGUGUUUACUCCUGUCGGCUUUGUAACAUGAAGCUGUCAUCGCUCUUAGAGCAGGGCGACCACGAGAGAGGCUGCCGCCAUGCAACUGUUUGCCCUUACUGUGGCCUGCGAUUCUCCAGUCCGGCUGUCAAAAAGGACCACGAGGCACACUGUAAGUACAAGAAACUGACGUGCCUGGAAUGCAUGCGGACCUUCAAGUCCUCCUUCAGCAUAUGGCGCCACCAGGUGGAAGUCCACAACCAAAACAUGAUGACUGUUAAAGACCAGGUUCACCUGAAGCAGCAAGAAAACAACGAGGAGAUGCCUGAAAUGCUCAAAGAAGAGCAAUACAGCGACGAGGCCGCCGCUGCAGCGGGGGGGUUCCGGGAGAACAUCAGUUAUAGCGACUCCUCGGGUCCACCCACGUACGACUCAGAGGACUCCUCAUCCUAUGUGCCUGAGGACCUGAGCAUGAGCCACCACGGUAAACUGGUGGUGAAGGAGGAGCCGUUGGAGGAAGCGGUGAGCGACAGGGACGGGGCAGAGGCGGGCAAAGCAGGGCCCGAAGAGCCCGGCGUGUGGCCCUGUGAGAAGUGCGGCAGCCUCUUCAGCUCCCGCAAAGACCUGGAACGACACCAGGAGCUGCUGUGCCACAUCAAACCAUUCAUCUGUCACGUCUGCAACAAAGCUUUCAGGACCAACUUCCGCCUUUGGAGCCACUUCCAGUCCCACAUGUCGACCGCUAACGAACCCGGAGCCAAAGAAAUGGAACGGCAUCCAUCGCCUCUGUCGCCCUCGCCCCCCCUGACGCCCCAGAGUGCAGAGCGCCCGGCCCCGCGGGCCUCCAUGCUCAAAGCUGCCCAGGCUCUACAGGCCGCAGCAGCAGUGGAGGAGUGCAGCAGCCCCGAGCGCUGCAGCUCAGCGGUGACCAAGACAAAGGGGCCCGAGCCAGAAUCCAGCAGCCGCAGCCCUCUGUCCAGAUCAAACAGCAUGGAGAACCCAGGCGGCCCUCAUGAAUCGGACACUUUCUUUUACCAUGCGCCGUCUCUCUCUGCCCUGACGUUCAAAAGGCAGUACAUGUGCAAACUCUGCCACAGAACCUUCAAGACGGCCUUUAGCCUGUGGAGCCACGAGCAGAGUCACAACCAUGUGUAAACCCUUAGAAUGAACACACCUCAGCCUACAAAAACAAGACCAUGAAUGUAUAGCUUAUCUGCUUGCCUCCAAUGUUAUAUUUUGAAGUGGCCAUGUUUGUUAUAAGUGUAAACAUGAAUGUGCAAUCAAGUGCUAGAUUUCUCUAAUAGAUUAUUCUAAAGGUUCACUAUUUCUUUCCAAAAUGAUAUCUAAGAAUAUAUCUGUUUUCCAAUAUUUUAGUUAUCUAUUUAUAUUUCCAUUAGUAGGUGUUUUGAGGAAUAACAAGGUACAGAGUUGUUCCCCAGCCGCACCACGUUGGACUUAAAGGUGCAGCCAAAGGCGGGACAGCUGUAUACGUUGUAAUCUCAGAGUGUGGAUAAGUGCUUUACGGUUCAAUGGCGUUUAUAUUAGAGCUGUCUUCUGGUGUGAGUGGCAUCCCUUAAGAUAAUAUUGGUGGCCUCAAAAAUGUAUUCAAUAUGCACUUUGUUUAACAGUGUGAUUCUGUUUUGGAAGACAUGGUGCAUGAAGCGUCCAAGGGAUAUGAACAAGUCUCCUACUGCCUUUCAGCGAGUAUUUGGGCUGUUUCAGACGGACCCCAGGUGUGAUAAGAAAGGAACUCACACAUCCCACUCUGUGUUGAUCACUUCAGGCAUCUCUUUCCAAAUCUUUUAGCCUGCUGAAUUAUUUACUGGUGGACGAACAAAUAGAUCAGCUCUGUCCACAGUCAUAAAUUGGGGGGGGGGAAUAUUACCAGCAUAUUUACAGCAGGCAGGCUUUCAGACGACUAAACAGCUCUGGUGAGUAGGAGUGAAAUUUAUGGUUUCCAAACUAUUCUAAAAUUGAAAAGAUUCAGUCUAUCACAUGUUGGCACAGUCUCUUAAUCAUAAAAUCUGCAGUUUUGUGUGUACAACUUGUUUGCACUUGAGCUUUUUUGGAAAAUGAAUUAUGCUUCACAGAGCUUUGAUGGCCUUAUGCAACUUAAAAAAGAUAAAUAUAUAUUUUCGAUCUUAUUUUACACAAAAGCACAACGGAGUUUCAGACCACUUGUGACUCAGGCAUUUCGAGGUGGCGAAGUGGAGAGGAUGGAAGCACGAGAAGAUUAUUUUAUUCUGUGAAAAGUGACGUGAGCGUUCCUGCUUCCUAAAGACUUAUUACAAAAGAGUCUGUUUGAUUGUAUUCCAGCUGUAUUCUUGUACAAGUGUGUACUUCUGCUUUGGCUUGAUGGAUUAGAAAAUUUGUCAUAGAUUGCUCAGACCGUCGACUUUUGUGAGACCUCGAAGUGCUCCACACAAACAACAAAGUUUAGUUUUUUCCCUCUGUAGGAGAUGUGUAAACUGCAUUGUGAUGGUAAACAAUUUGCAGAAGUUCUGUAUUGCUAAUAGUGCUCUUAAUUUCUUGUGAGGAAAGACUUUCUGAUAGUUUCACAGAGAUGAUUAGACUUGUGUACAUGGAGGUGUUUUUAUUCUCGAUUUUUGUACCAAUUUUGUUAGUAAACAGAAGUUUUAUCUUUUUAGUAUUCUUGUGCUCCCACUGCAAUAAUCAAUAUUUGUAUUAGCAUUGGUUGCAUUAAUGUUGCUUUUGGAGAUUUGCAGCCGUUUUGUGUUUCAGUUUUCUACAGUUUUUGUGCUUCACUUCUGUAAUAAAGAGUAAUGAUGGAGU